AUAAAAGGCUUGGAGUAUCUGCAUUCUAGAAGCUGCUGGGAGACAUGGGAGCAAGCACCAUGAAUACGAAGUCUCUCUGGGCAGGUUUAGUGGUCUUGCUGCUCCUCCAGGGAGGAUCGGCCUACAAACUGGUUUGCUACUUUACCAACUGGUCCCAGGAUCGGCAGGAACCAGGAAGAUUCACCCCCGAGAAUAUUGACCCCUUCUUAUGCUCUCACCUCAUCUACUCAUUUGCCAGCAUCAGUAACAACAAGAUCAUCAUCAAGGACAAGAAUCCCACAGUGCUUUACCAGGCCAUCAGUGAUCUCAAAGCCAAGAAUCCAAAACUGAAAGUUCUGUUGUCCAUUGGAGGGUACCUGUUUGGUUCCAAAGGGUUCCACCCUAUGGUCGAUUCUUCUAAAUCACAAUUAGAAUUUAUUACUUCUGUGAUAUUGCUCCUGAGGAACCAUAACUUCGAUGGACUGGAUGUCAGCUGGAUCUACCCAGAUCUGAAAGACAAAACUCAUUUCACUGCACUGAUUCAUGAGUUAUCAGAAGCCUUUCAGAAAGAUUCCAUCAACUCUAGCAAAGAAAGGCUUCUCUUGACUGCAGGCGUGUCUGCAGGGAGGCAAAUGGUUGAUAACAGCUAUCAGAUUGAAAAACUGGCCGAAAAACUGGAUUUCAUCAACCUCCUGUCCUUCGACUUCCACGGGUCUUGGGAAAAGCCCCUUGUCACGGGCCACAACAGUCCUCUGAGAAAGGGGCAUGUAGACAAAGGGCCAAGCUCCUACUACAAUGUGGAAUAUGCUGUGGGGUACUGGAUACACAAGGGAAUGCCCACAGAGAAGAUAGUCAUGGGAAUCCCCACGUAUGGACACUCUUUCACACUGGCCUCUGCAGAAACUGCCAUGGGGGCCCCUGCCUCUGGUCCUGGAGCUGCUGGUCCCAUCACCGAGUCUCCAGGCUUCCUAGCCUAUUAUGAGAUCUGCCAGUUCCUACAAGGAGCCAAGAUCACAAGGCUCCAGGAUCAGCAGGUUCCCUAUGCAGUCAAGGGUAACCAGUGGGUGGGCUACGAUGAUGUGCAGAGUCUGGAGACCAAGGUUCAGUUCUUAAAGAAUUUAAACCUGGGAGGGGCCAUGAUCUGGUCCAUUGACAUGGAUGACUUUACGGGCACAUCCUGCAACCAGGGUCCCUUCCCCCUGGUCCAAGCUGUCAAACGAAACCUUGGCUCCCUAUGAAGAUGGAGGCCAUUGCUGACCAACCAUCCAUACUGAGAUCUGAUCGCAGGGCAGGGGCUGGAGAUAGGAGCAGCAGACGGAGGCUUACUACAGUGAAGAGGAUUGACCAUGCUGUCUUGGAGAAGGACCCAGAACUGCUUGAAGACUCUGGGCUAUUCAGGUUGCAACCUUCCAGCUUUGAACAUCUAUGAUUUAGUAACUUGAUACAGACCUCAGGUUACUGAGUUGGGAUUUGAAAUAUUCUUUUUGUCUCCAGGCUUAACUCAGAGCUGAACAGGCGAGGUGAACUUGCUGCCUAUACCCUUUCCAGGAAUUCUCCCAUGAGAUUGUCCAUGCAGGCAGGCUUCCAGAUUUUGCAGUUCUAAGCCUUUCCUGACUUUCUCUUAUACCUUGGAUUGGGCCAAGCUCUCUUUUCCUGCAGCUGUUGGCUUGUUGUCCAGAGCACAAUAAAAUAAAAUUCAUUUUGCUCCAGCAA